UGUCGGGUUGCGGUCAGUCAGCAGCGAGAAGCCCCAUGUGUGGCCCCUGUCCCCGUUACCGAGCAGAGCAGUGUCCGUCGCAUUGAUUUGGAGGGGAAUGAGUGCUGACACAUCCUGUCCGCGCAAACAGGCACGCGGCUGCUACUCCGCCUCACAGCGCGGGGCCAGCUGAGGAGCGCGCGGACUGAUGCGUCUCUGGGGCAAGAGCGCAUGACUUUCGCUCCGAGACCUGCUCGGCAGCAGCAGCCACAGCAACUGGACCACAGCUGGAUAUGUCGCUGCUGAAACAGCGGGGGAGAGAGCUCGAGCGCUUCGAUGGACUGUCGCUCAUUUACUGGACUCUAAUGGGUCCAUAUGGAGUUGACAGAGCUGUUCAUUCCAUGGAGUUUACAGACUGUGAAAAUGGCCUGGGAAUUAAAGUGAUAGGUGGAGUGAAAGAGCUAACUGGAGAGGAGUUUGGAGUCUAUGUCAAGCGGAUUUUACCUGGGGGCCUUGCUGCAGCUGAUGGAAACCUGUUGCCAGGAGACCAGAUCCUGGAAGUAAAUGGGGACAGUCUAGUUGGAGUCACCAGUGAAAGAGCUGUGGAUAUCUUGAGAGCAGCCUCUGCCACAAAUCACAUGCGCCUUCUUAUAGCCAGAGACGAAGAAGCAAAGAGAGAAUUUGCUGAGCUUCUAGAGAAAUAUGGCUCCAAUGGCAGCACAGGAUCAACUCGCAACUCCCCCAUUCAGCAAGGAGGUCGCCUCUUGGAAAGCACCUCAUCUGGUUCGUCGUCCCGCUCUCAAAGUCCACUGCUACUCAGCCCUGCAGGCUCCCAGAACAUGUACAAUGGUGGGGCCAUGAUGCGCUCCCUAAGUCACCCUGGUGAAGGAGUGAUUCAACUCAUCUCUGUUGCACGAUCCAGUAGUCUGGGCAUCACCAUUGGGGGAGGCUCCAACAGGCCAGACGGUCCCGCUGUGUUCAUCCAGGAGGUGCUCUCUGGAGGAGACUGUCACAGGGAUGGUCGUCUGAGGCCAGGAGAUCAGCUCAUCGCCAUCAACAAGGAGUCUUUGAUUGGUGUGACUUAUGAAGAGGCGAAAGGCAUGCUGAGCAAAGUUAAGCACAGUCAAGAUAACACGGUGGACAUCGCCUUCAUCCCAGGAAAAGGGCUUUUUCCAAGCAGCACAUCGCUCCACAACGGAGUACAGCGAGCCGCAGCCAACAGCUACAACUCUGGACGCCUAAAAGUUCACAUCCGAUCACCUGAGAUCUGUGCAGAGGAGCCAGCUCCAGUGUCUUCACCCUCUCCAGACAUCUGUCCUCCAGAUAUUCAUAUUUCAGGUUCUACCAGCCAAAGGUCUCCAACAGGGACAAAACCAAGGAUAACACUUGACCCACACAUACGCCUGAAGUCUGAUAAGUUAGACUUGGCAUUGACAUUUCUUGGACUGGAUGUUAGUGAGGAGAAGAGGAAGAUGCUGAGGCAUAGCCUGACUCCUGAUCCACAAGGCACUGUGGCGUAUGGAGACUUUGUGGAAGCUUCCCGGAAUAUCUUCCAGGAGGACCUAGAGGAGUUGGGAUUAGGAUCAGAUCCCUUCACCUUCUCCUAUCAUGAAGCAGCCAGUUUGAUGGACACAUCAGCAUUUCAUUCUCCUACUUAUGAGUCAGAGUGCAGCUACAGCAGUGAGGAGAUGGAGCAGUUUCAGACUGAGGUGAAGCAACUGCAGACUCAGAUAAAGCAGCUUAAGGUAAUCCUAAAAGACAUGGAACAAAGCAAAAAAGGUCUAGAGGAGGAGCUGCAGAAGACCUCAGAGAAAGCCUGUUUGACUGUGGAGGAGAACACCCGUCUGAAGAGUCGUCUGCAGGCAGCUGAGGCUGGGGCGGUGCAGCGACAGGCCACCACCGCUGAGCAGGACUAUGAGGAAGUUAUCCAACUGCUGGAGGCUGAGAUCAGAGACCUGAAGAACCAGCUAGCCUCCAAGAGGCAAGCCUCUGGAGGAGAGGUGAAAGAGGAAGUGGUGGAGCUCAGCAAGAAGCUUACCAAUGUUGACUCCCAGCUGAGGAAGUCAGAGAGGAGCAGAAAACAUCUGGAGAUCUCCAACAAUAAGCUCCUAGGCUUUGCUCAGAAUGUCCACAAGGUGCUGACGACACCCAGUCUUUUUGGAGGGGAGGGCGGGAGCAACAGGUUAUCUACAAUCACAGAUGGAUCUGACACCCCGUCAGCUCUUCCUGAUCCUGCCUUCCAGCUGGCUGUAGAGGCGAAGGAGCUGGUGGAGGGGGUGUGCUCUGUCACUGCAGAUAAAGCAUCUGAUGCCGCUUCGGAUGUCAAUUUGCAUCAUGUAUGAGCUUCAGAGGGACAGAAGAAGAUCCUGCUCCAUCACCAAAGAGGCCCACUGAGACCAAACCAACGGCGCUCUUCACCAGUCAACAUGUCCACAGGAUAUGGCGCCACUUUAGCAAACAGUACUGCUUCAGCCAGUGCAGACCACCCAGUAAACAGAGACCGAUGGCUUCUCUGAGCAGACCCCCGCUUGCAUAUCAAUUAGAGACUGCGGCUGAAGUUUUCCCCAGCACCUGAGCAGCAAACAAUACUGUUCCUAAUGCAGCAGCUGAUGUUAAAGGCACUGCAUGACCGAGUGCAUGACACACAUGUGCUGCUGCAUAAUUUGGUAAUACUUCUCUGAUGUGUUUUGUAAAGAUAACAGGAAGAUUGACUUCCUGAGCUGCAUGUGAAGGAGAGCUUCUUCUCUUCCUGCUUGGGUGGGACAAUCCAGAGCUAAACAGUCCUCUGUCUCAUCAUCUUCAUCAUCAUUUCUCUGCCAUAUGCUUCAUCCCUCUCCCUGGUUUGUUAGCUCUGCCACAAACAUAAGAACUGUUGAUAAAAGUGUAGAGCCUUCAUGUUACCUCUUCUUGUGCCCAUUUUCAUUAAGAAAAGGUUGGAGGUUUCUGAGAGUCAGGACCUGAGUGAUCAGUGUCAUCUGCAGCUUCGUAUCUCUGCUGUGGUUCAUCUUCAUGUGCCGCCAUAGCUCCAGCCGUGUGCUCUUGUGUUACAUAUUGUCAGUGAACAGAAACCAGUUAUAGACUACAUGUGAAAUGUUUUAUUUCUGCCAACAGCUACAAACCCAUUUAUGAAGUGUUUUUGAACUGAACUGUAUCUUCAGUGUGGCCUCAUAUUCUUUGUUAUGUUUUAUAUUAAAGGAAUCAUUGAUGAAUUGA